AAGCGGUAUCAUAGAGAUCCAUGUUUCUAGAACCUCAGAAAAGGUCAUUCAAGAUAUAUUUCCCAGACUGGUGUACAGUAGUACAUACAGUGCAUACUGCCGUAGGCGGUGUGCGGCCGAGUGCGGAGGUAUUUGUAUGGGGAACAGCGACAAUCCCGCAACAACCCCCCCCCAUGUCCUCAAGUUCGCAUAGCCAAUUAUUCAGCUCCCUUACUUUUGGUAUCUUGUCAUCCCUGGGAGCCCGCCGAUGAAAAUAAGCGCACAAUCAACCGAUAGAUUCGCCGCCCAGAGGAUCCCAGACUGAAAAAAAGAGGAAACAACCAGUGAAGGUCAAGCCAACAUGGCUCCCUCCAAGACCCCCAGUCCAGCGCCCCCCCAAGCCAGCGCGCGACCGUCCCUCGAGCAGAACCUCAACCCCGACUUCACCGACCCGUCCUUCGAUCCCGCCGAAUACCUCAACAAUGCACUCCCUGCCCUGACGCUGGCGUCUUCGCAGUCGACCAACAGCAGCAGCAAUCCCCGAGGGGCGACCGCCGGCUUGCCCGAGAUGUCCACUCAAAUCCAGUCCGUUCUCUCGCAGAUCAGCGCGCACAAUGUCCGGCAUUCGAGCAUGCUCACGCGAUUGACCGAUGAGAUCCUACGGGGCGGCAGUCGGUUGGCCUACGAGGUGGAGGUGCUGCGCGGCGAGACGAUCGCGUUGUCGGAUACGCUUGCGGAGGCCCUACGUGGGGAUAUCGCUAAGUUUGUUCCGGAGGGCCACCCGGAGGGGGUGGAUGGGGGUCAGAAGGGGCUGGAUGAUAAGGGGGAGGGCCACGAUCGUGACUCCGAAGCUGUCAAUGUCGGAGCGGGGGAUGUGGAUGGCAAGGCCGAGGAGACAGAAGCAGAGGCAGAAGCUGCUACGAUACAGGACCCGGAGUUCAUUACGAAGUUACGUAUGCUGAAUCAGGUGCGGGCUCGGUUGGAGGAGGUCGUGCAGACGUUCGGGGACGCGAUGGAGUGGCCCAUCCCGCCGUCGGAGACCUCCCUGGCUUCGUCGUUCAUCUCAGUGUCGGCGCCAGAGGCCGGGCCGGAGAAUCAAAGUCGGGAGGAAAAGGGGCAGGAGGCGGCCAGGCGACUGCGGGCGGAGGUGACGGGCCUUCUGGAGAGCAAUGGUGGCGGUCUGGAGGGGGUGGAGGCUGCGUCGCGCCGGGUCGAGGCGCUGCGGACGUUGGCGUUGGUCUGGAAGGGGACGGCCGAGGAGAAGGCUCGGACUCGCGCGGUGGACAGCCUGGCGAAAAUCGUUGAGGAUCGUCGCAGAGCUCUGGAGAGCCAGAGCCGAGCGGACUCGUCGCAGCAAGCUUCUGGCGCCUCUACCAAAGCACAGUCGGCGGGCCACCGACGGCAGGAGAGCGAAGGCCCGGCCGGUGGCAUCUUCCGCAACUUGCAGCGGUUACGAGAGGAGAUCUAUCUUGAAUGAGAUGCACUCGGUCUGUUGCAUGUCACUGGUGCGGAGAUUCUUGGAAUGGAUAUCUAUCUCAGCUGUCCAUUGUCCCUCUUCCAUGUUGGGAAAGGGAGGGGUAAGACUCGACUCGGGAAUGCUGCUGCUUGCACGGGAGACUGUGUGAUAGGGCGGCGGAUGGUCCCUCUUCAGGCUUGCGCCAUUUGAAGGCUUGGUAGCUCUUAGCGUCCCGUGCAGAGAAAGGCUUAAGUUCCCCAGCAUUGCGCAUUUGCUGC